AUGGAGAUUGAUUAUGACUCAGAAGGGCAAGAAACAUGCUCAAGUUUCAUUUAUUUUUAUCAACAAUCUUCUCCUAGAAUGCUUUCUGAAGAUUAUUUGAGGCAAAAAUACUCGAUUUCAAGUACAGGCUUGAGCCAUAAAACGUAUCUUUUUUUAGUCAAGCUGUCAAGGAUAGGAAGCUCAGUAAUAAGCUUUUCCUUUGAAGCUGUUUUUUCAAUCGUUGCAAAUAUUCAUCAGUUAUUAUGCCUUUCUGAUAUAGAGAUUGCACUUUGGGAAAUUUAUUUGAGGAGAUUUGCAUGGCAAAUAUCAGAUUCAAGACUAAGAGAAAGCUUACUAUUUUCUGCAUACGCAGCUAAAUGCUUACUCCUCCACCGUGAGUGAACAAAAUCAUUGGAAAAAUCUCUAUUUUUUGAGAAAAACCCACCUUCGCUAGAGAACAAAAAAUUUUGCAUGAAAAAAUAAGUGGUAAUUAGUAUAAUUAAAUCUAUAACUAAUUCUGUUUAAUUUUUAGCGUUUAAAAUAAAAUUUACAAAUUAGAUUAAUUUUUGUUUUCCUUUUUCUGCAAUAAAAUUUAUAUAUAAAUUUGUUAAUAAAAAAAACAACCCUCCAUGAGCGAAAUUUUUUGUUUGCCCACGGAGGGGGGAUUUAUUGAAUGACAAUACUGAAGAAAUCUUAUUACAUCUUGAAGAUGAGCCUGAAUGAAGCCUUGACAGAUAUAUCCGAUGAAUUGAAAAAUUCCAGAAUUUUAUAAAUGUAGAUUUAUACGAAAUCAAUUCCAAUUAUAGCGAUUUAAGCUAUACAGAAAUUAAAAUUGAAGUAAGCGAAGAUGAGGUUGACUAUAAUUCCAUUGUGGAUGAAAUUAUAGAAAGUACAGCAGAGACGACAAAAAAAAGGAGAUUCGAAAAAUUGUAG